AUGACCACCACGGCCAUGAUCACCACGGUCAUGAGCACCACGAUCAUGGACACGAUCAUCAUGGCCAUGGGCAUGCUGAACUUUUCCUUCAUGGCCGUCCAGGCCUUCUACGGCUACGUGACCGACUCAUUGGGGCUACUUUCCGACUCCAUUCACAUGUUCUUCGACUGCGUGGCAUUGGCGGUCGGGCUCUUCGCUGCCGUCAUGAGUAAAUGGUCAAAGACUGAUAAGUUUCCCUAUGGUUUUGGGAAGAUUGAAACACUGAGUGGCUUCGCCAACGGGAUAUUCUUGAUUCUGAUCAGUGUUGAGAUCAUGUUUGAGGGCUUUGAACGGCUGUUGGAGGGCCGCGAGACGAAGCGACUGCUGGAUCUCUUUGUGGUCAGCACCUUGGGCCUGAUUGUCAACCUACUUGGAUUGUUCGCCUUCGGCACGCACAGCCAUCACGGGCAUAGCCAUGGAGGACACUCGCACGACCACUCGCACGGUGGUCAUGACCACGGCGCAGGGGGGCACCACCAUCACCAUCACCAUGGUGACAACGAGAACCUGCAUGGAAUCUACCUACACGUCUUGGCGGACACACUGGGGAGAUGGGAUCCAUUGGCAUCAUUCUUGAUUGCGUAUCUCAUCGCGCUCACGGCUAUACCUCUGGUCAAGUCAUCAGCUCACCGUCUCCUCCUGACCAACCCCGACGACACCGAAUACAACCUCAGGAACAUCCUCACAGGCAUCAAUGGUGUACGCGGCGUGGCAUCCUACGCGGUACCCAAGUUCUGGGCUGAUGAUCGAACGGGCGAGGACGCGCGGGCCAACCUGAUAGGGGUUAUCCACGUGGCUGCUAUCCGCGGCGCCGACAUGGAAGACGUCCAGGACAGGGUCAGGAACUACCUGGCUGAGAAAGGCAUCGACAUUACGAUCCAGAUGGAGCGAGAAGGGGACUCAUGCUGGUGCGGCAUGGGCAGGGGCGCGCCACCGACGCCAAGGAGCCCAGCUUUGUAUUAG